AUGGACCUGAACCGGGACUGUGCAGGGAGAUACUCAGAGUUAAAGGAGGAGGGCGAGGACGAGCAGAUGGCCUUGGGUUCGCGUGAGCUGCUGUGAGUCAGCAGGACGGGGAGGACUCCUGAUUUCACCGGUCAACAGGCCCAGCCUGUUUUAGGUAAUAAUGAUCUGUAUAAUGUGUUUCUGUCUGCAGGAGACUAAACCAGGAGACCGAUAACUGGAACCAGACCUGCAUCUCUGUAUGUGCCGACGCUAUAACACGAAUUCAGCAGAUUAAAACCAGUUUAACAGGAUACAGAGAACCCCAAAACAAAGCUCUACUCCAAGAGUUAAAACGGACUUAA